CACACACACGCACACAGAUAAAGCUCUGAGACGCCAGAGAUCAGCAAAAACCCUACUUCGAGCCCCCCCAUUCGUAAAACCCUAAAGAAUGGAUCUGAUGAGAGAGAACAAUGAAGAUCACAACUCUGUCAGUACCAGCAACCACAGGCCAACAAAGAUCAGAUUCGAAUACGACGACGAAGAACAAGACGAAAUCCUAGAAGAAAUAGCCACUGAGAGCUCCAACCUCGAGGACGACUCUGCCAUGUGCGAGCCCGUCGAGUCCAUCAUCGGCGCUGACAAGACCAGCGCCGACUAUUACUUCGAUUCCUACUCUCACUUCGGUAUUCAUGAAGAAAUGUUGAAGGAUGUAGUAAGGACUAAGACUUACCAAAAUGUAAUAUAUAAAAAUACCUUUCUUUUCAAGGACAAGGUAGUCCUUGAUGUGGGUGCUGGUACAGGAAUUUUGUCGCUCUUUUGUGCAAAAGCUGGGGCAAAACAUGUUUAUGCGGUUGAGUGCUCCAGCAUGGCCGACAUGGCACAAGAAAUUGUUAAGUCAAACGGAUUUUCAAAUGUCAUAACAGUUCUGAAGGGAAAGGUUGAAGAAAUUGAGCUUCCAGUUGCUCAAGUGGAUAUAAUAAUUUCUGAAUGGAUGGGAUAUUUUUUGCUGUAUGAGAACAUGUUAGAUACUGUCCUGUAUGCUCGUAACAAAUGGCUAGCUAGCAGUGGACUGGUACUACCGGAUAAAGCUUCUCUCUAUUUGACAGCCAUUGAGGAUGCAGAUUACAAAGAAGACAAAAUUGAAUGUGAGCUUAUUCACCUCCUGCAUUUAUUGUACUCGAUGAAUGUUGUUUGCCUCUACACUCACAUUCAUACACAUGGGUAUGCACAGCUCUUUUACUCAGAUCAGUUGAGUCCUGAAAAGGUUUUGAUGAGUUGA